AGGCCUGAAUACAAGCCGGAAGACGAGCCAGAAAACAAGCCUGAAAAGAAGCCUGAAGACAAGUCCGAAGACAAGCCCGAAGACAAGCACAAAGACAAGCCCGAAGACAAGCUCGAAGACAAGCCCGAAGACAAGAAGGAAGAAAAGCCCGAAGACAACCCCGAAGACAAGCCUGAAGACAAGCAGGAAGACAAGCCUGAAGACAAGCAGGAAGACAAGCCUGAAUGCAAGCCGGAAGACAAGCCGGAAAACUAGCC